GAGACAUGUCCAGUGGUGGGAAGAGUAGCACUGCCACUAACCGGGUGCUGUCAAUGUUCCAGGAGUGGGACAACGGGACAAAGGCCAGCAGAGCUAGGAUGCUGGAGGACUUCGUCAGCACUAACGAGAGCCAGACGGGACCGGAGCUGGAGUUGGAGUUCGCACAGGCUGCAAGUCUCUUCUUUGCUCGCAUCACUGCCUGGAUGAGACUAAGCUACAUCAGUGGUGCUUACUUGACAAUUCAGUUGAAAUCCGUCAACAUAUUCUUAAAUGCGGCCAGCGGGCAUAGAUUUCUGCUGGAGUUCUUGGAAGUGGGCGGUGUGCUUACUUCUCUCGAGAUACUGAACCUGAAGAACGCCACAGAGCAGGACAAGUACCAGGCGCUCCUGAUUGUAACCAAAGUGGUCAAGGCAGGUCGCAAAUACAAGGAGAUCAUUUGCGAGAGCUACGGCAUCAAGGCAAUUUGUGAGUGUCUAGCGAGGUCUAACUCGGAGAAGACACAGGAGUGUGCGAGACAUCUGCUGCAGGAAUUGGGUCAGGGCAACCCGAAAUACCAGAUGCAGGUCUACAAGGGACUCAUAGCUCUCCUCCCAUCCACCUCCCCCAAAGCACAACAAGUGGCACUCCAAGCACUACGUUUCAUGCAGCCUAUUGUGAAAACAAGUCAUGUCAGUAUUGUGGAGCCGCUGCUUAAUUUACUACGAUCACUUCACCUAGAAGUCCAGUUUGAAGCUAUUGAGCUCAUCAAGGAUCUGGUAUCAUAUGAUGAAAUCCAGUACAUGCUUCUAAACUCAAUGGUCAAACUACUGGUGCCUGAAAAAGACGUCAAAAUUGACAGAACUGUCAUUUUCCAAGAUACAGAAGAAGUAGCUAACAUUAUGCAAACAACGGGGCCAUUGCCUAUUUUUGUACAGCAGUCUGCAGUAGCCAAGGCCAUCGGAAUUCUGUCUCACAAUUCGAUUGAAGUAGCAGAAAAGUUUGUACAGCUUGGCGUCACUCACAAUUUGAUGAUAGCGAUGGGCAACAGUGACUACGCAGAUAGCCAACGUCAAGCUUCAAUCACAUUAGAGAUAAUCGCGCGGACUUUCCCACUGGUGAAUGACAUGGUGCAGGAGGCUAUGGGGGAGACACUGUACCACAUCUUCAUGUCUGACCCUGACAGUCUCUACCUCAACAUAGACACAGUCCAGGCAGACAUUCUAGUCUCCAACAAAGUCGACAUUCCAAAGAUUCUUGCGGAACAGAAGCAGUGAAUACGAAGAAUAAUGAAAUCACAAAAGUGGACAUUGACCAACUACCAGUUGACAUAAAACUUUAAAAUGAUCUGUAGUAAUAUAAAAAUUCUUGAGUUUCUGUAUGAUAUCAAUGUCAUUGUAAAUUGUACAAAUGUUAAUUUUCUGCGGUAUCUUUUGGGAGCGGAAAUGGUCGAGCAGAGGUUCUCAUUUCAAAAUGCAUCUGAUUACUUCAAAAAGGAACAACUAAUCAUUUAUGCAAUCAAAACUAUCACUAUGUGAAGUUUUUU